AUGAUAAAAAGAGCAACUUAUUUUUUUUUUUUCUGGAUUUUGGGGUUAUUAAUAGCCCGAACUAAUGUGCAAAGCAAAGUGUUCCACGGAAAUUUCAACAUAAAAAAAAAUGAAAAAAUUCAUUACUUAACAAAAUUUAGUUGCAGUAUAGGAACGUGCCAAUUUAGCAUAAAAAUGAAACUUAAGGAUAACAUCAUUUCGAAAUUACUUCAUUACUACUAUAAACUGGAUGGUAAAUUACCAAAUGAUUCUGAAGACAAGGAAAAAAAGCUGUUUCACAUGGAUUAUGACAAUGCAUACUAUGUGUUAACAAAUAAUGACACACACGCUGUGUCUCAAAGAAUAACCCUAAUGCUUGAUAUUGAACAGAAUUAUGUAAAUCAAGGUAAUAAAUGUCAAGCUUUGGGAAAUUUAAGGAGCGUACAUAGGUUGAAGAUACCUUUUUAUUUUAAGUAUUCUGAUUUAAUUAAUAGCAAAACAUACAACAUAAAAAAUUUUAUGAACAAUAAAUAUACUACGCCAUUCAAUACUAUUCAUAACGAAUUAAAGAAUAAUAAAAUAGUACAAUCUGAAAUUUCUAAGCAUGCAUCUGUUAUAAAUGAAAAGGAUUCAAAUUAUGAAUUCGUUAAUAUUAGUGCUAAAACAACACAUCGUGUUCAUGUAUGGUUUUUAAUGUUUGAUGAUUGCUAUCAUAGUUUUAUUCGUAAUUUGAAAUUAAACAUAAAGGCUAAAAUAGCUUACUGGGAAUAUUUUAUAAAUGCUUCAAAGAAGAACGAUAUCUCAAGUUCAUUAUCUACUGCAUGGAAUGAAGAAAAUCUCAAUGAUAGCACACCUGAUGAUAGUAAUUCAAAGUUUUAUACAUCAUACAAUUUUGAUAAGAAUACCCUUUUAGAAAAUCCUAAAAGACUUUUAUUUUUCGAAAACAAUUUUACAAAAGGGGAGAUAGAAGAUAUUUCUUUUUUCCUUAAAUAUCAUAACUUUAAAAAUAUGAAAAGUUUUACUAAUAUGUACAACAAUUUAUAUAAAAAUGGGUUCUACGAACAUGUACUAGAUUAUAUAUAUGAAAAUGAAGGUUUUAAUGUGGAGUAUGAUAUAAAUAUAUUUCAAACGAACAAUUCGCAUUUUUCCUAUGAACUAUUAUACUCUCCUCUUCUUACCUUUAUUUUGACUGUUUUAUAUAUCUUUUUAAUUUUACAAUAUGGUAAUAAAAUUAUUCAAAACCUUUUAUCAAAAGAGCAAAAACACACAAUGGUAUUGUGUGUCGCUUUUGUAAUACUAGUACAGUUAAUAUCUAACUCUUUAUUAUUUAUACAUUUACUAGUAUAUUCAAAAAAUGGAAUUGGAAUUGAGCUUUUUAAGAUUUCUUUCAAUAUUAUGAAUUUUCUGGCACAGAUUAUGAUGUGUACAAUGUUGCUUUCUUUGAGUUAUGGUUUAACAAUCUUCGAAGCCACGUUCAAUAUUUUUGCAAGGAUAAAGUUGAUAUUUGCUGUUAUUACCUUUUUUCACGUUAUUUUAGUAAUAUUGGAUAAUACAUACAUUAUGGAGUCAUCUUCAAAAUUCUUUGACAAUGAUAAUAUUACAGGAUACAUAAUAAUAGUUUUGCGAGUAAUACUAGCAAUAGUAUAUCAUGUUAAUAUAAAUAAUUUAUUUUUAGUGGCAAAGGUUCCUGCUAUUCGUAAUUUUUUAAAAAAGAUAUAUAUAUGUGGAUUAUUUUACAUAGUUUCUUUUCCCAUAAUUUUUAUGAUAUGCUACAUAUUUGAUACAUACUGGAGACAAAGAUUUAUGUUGUUUGGAACAGCUUUUUUACAGUUCGUUUCUACAUAUUUUAUUACAAAAAUGUUCCUAACAAAUUCGGAAUAUUUUAAAGUUUCAGACAUGUCAGCAAGUGAUCUUCCUGGAGCAACCACCAGUUGGUUUAAUCAGAAAGUUCAUACAUAUUAA